AUGGAGGGUCUGUUCUUCAACGUGCACAGCGGCUAUGUCGAGGGCAUUGUCCGAGGAUAUCGGAAUGCCCUCCUCACCAGCCAGCAUUAUAAUAACUUGAUCCAAUGCGAAACGAUUGACGAUGUCAAGUUGCAACUGGCGCCCGCAUAUGGCGACUUUCUUGCCGCGCUUCCCCCUAACCCCUCCACCUCUGCUCUUGCCGGUAAGAUGACAGACAAGCUGGUCGCCGAAUUUCGCUACCUCCUCGCUCAAUCUACUGGCUCGACGGCCAAAUUCCUGGAAUACAUGACCUAUGGGUACAUGAUCGACAACAUCGCUCUCCUGAUUACGGGCACGUUACAUGAACGAGACACCCGAGAACUCCUGCAGCGGUGCCAUCCUCUGGGCUGGUUCGAGACGCUGCCGGUGCUGUGCGUGGCGACGAAUAUCGAAGAACUGUAUAACUCCGUGUUGGUCGAGACCCCGCUGGCCGGUUACUUCAAGGGUAGUCUGAGCCACCAAGACCUUGAUGAGCUGAACAUCGAGAUCGUGCGCAACACACUCUACAAGAAUUAUCUGGAGGAUUUCUAUUCGUUCGUAACUACGCACCCCGAUUUCACUGGAACCUCCACCCAGGAGGUCAUGUCAGAGGUUCUGCAAUUCGAGGCGGACCGCCGUGCCAUCAACAUCACGCUGAACUCUUUCGGCACGGAGCUUUCGAAGCAGGAACGGAGAAAGCUCUACCCUGAGUUCGGUAAGCUCUAUCCCGAAGGGUCGCUGAUGCUUUCUCGGGCCGAGGAUCUGGAAGGGGUUACACUCGCCGUGAGCAUCGCUGCGGAUUACAAGGCCUUCUUCGACGCCGUGGGUCUCUCACAAGGUGGGGGUGGUCUUAGUGGGAUGGGGGGAAGUUCGGAUGGAAAGAGUCUCGAGGACCUAUUCUACCAGAAGGAAAUGGAGUUGUCCAAGUUAACCUUCACUCGUCAAUUUACUCCUGCCGUGGUGUAUGCAUGGAUGAGGUUAAAGGAGCAGGAAAUCCGAAACGUCACCUGGAUCGCCGAAUGCAUUGCGCAAAACCAGAAAGAGCGGAUUAGCAACUUUAUCUCUGUUUUCUAA